AUGGCAGAUCCGUUCUUCUACUUGGGCCAAGACAGCGCCGACGAGAAAUACCUAAUGAGCCUCGGCCUGGUCCUCCCGCCGGAGCCGCCCGCGGGCAGCGCGUUCGAGGCGUACCAGCGGCGGCCGACAUUGCUGGAGUCGCGCCUGAUGAUGAUGGGCCGCGAGUGCAGGCGGCACAAUAACUCCGGCGGCGGAGAGAACGUGCACCGGAGGAUGUUCGGUUACUACCUGCGACGCAUUGCUCGUCGUGACGACGCCGCGGCCGGAGCUGCGCACUCGGCGCCCGCGGACAACGAGGCUGCCGUUGUGCCGCUGCCGCCGCACAGCAGCUCGCGGUUCCGGCACAUCAUGCGCGAGCGGCUGCGGCGGGAGCGCCUCAGCCAGGGCUUCGCCGACCUCCACGCGCUCCUGCCCCCCAGCGCGUCGUCCAAAGGUGGCAAGAACGACAUCGUCGGCACGGCGGUGGGCUACAUCAGGGAGCUCGAGGGGCGGAGGGGGUGGCUCCGCGCGAGGAACCAGGAGCUGCUGGAGCGGGCUGCCAGCAGCCGCGCGCGCUCUGGUGGAGCCGGAGCAGCGAGGAACGCCGCCGGCGGGGACAUGGUGGUGAAGGUGCGAGACGAGAGCGAGGAUUUUUCUGCACAAUUGCUGACAGCAUGUGAGGCAGAUACGGCGAACACCAUCCACGUGCUGGAUCUGCACGUAUGUCACCGCCUAGAUCCCAUGGAGACCAUCGGAACGAGAGGGGUGCACGAGUACGGCUACCUGGAAUUAAUCGGGACUGCGACCAGCGGAGACGUCCUCGCGGAGGCCAGUAGCGAAAAGCGGUGGCGCUAG